UUCGGGCCGCAGACCGGACCGCUGGCUCGCUAGCGCCGGCCGGUUCCCGCAGGGAGGGUUCCCGCAGCCGGCUGGCGGAGCGGGCGGCGCCGCGUCUGGCCGAGCGCGGGCCGGAGCAGGGCGGAGCGGCGACGACGGGCGGCGCCAGGCCCGACCACCGGGAGGAAACAUGCCUUCUGAGUCCUUCUGUUUGGCUGCCCAGUCUCGACUUGAUUCCAAAUGGUUGAAGACAGAUAUCCAGCUCGCAUUCACAAGAGAUGGACUCUGUGGUCUGUGGAAUGAAAUGGUUAAAGAUGGAGAAAUUGUGUACACUGGGACAGAGUUAACCCAGGAUCAAGAACUCCCUUCUAGGAAGGAUGAUGGUGCUGAUACUCAGAAUGGAACCAAGAAAGAAGAUCUUACUGACAAAGAGAAGAAGGAGGAGGACGAGAUGCCUGCACCCGUGUAUAAAGUCAAAUCAAUCCUGGAGAGUUGGGUGUGGGGCAAGCAACCAGGGUAUUUAUUUCUUUUAUCUUGUCUUCAAUGCCUGAGAUUCUAUCUUUCAUCCACUCUGUUGGUCCUACUUGUGACAGUGUUGAGGAGGACAUGAGUGCUUCUGCCCGAGGAGCCUCUGCUUCAGUGUUGGAGGAAACAAGGAAGGAAACCGCUCCUGUUCAGCUCCCUGUUUCAGGGCCAGAACUGGCUGCUAUGAUGAAGAUUUGAACCAGGGUCAUGAGAGGCGUGGACUGGAAGUGGGGUGACCAGGAUGGGCCUCCGCCAGGCUUAGGCCGUGUAAUUGGUGAGCUGGGAGAGGAUGGCUGGAUCAGGGUCCAGUGGGACACGGGCAGCACUAACUCAUACAGGAUGGGUAAAGAAGGAAAGUAUGACCUCAAGCUGGUGGAGUUGCCAGUGUCAUCACAGCCCUCUGCAGAGGACUCAGACACAGAAGAUGACUCAGAAAGCUGAACCAGGAGACAGGAGCAUCCACCCCACAGCGAUGAUGCUGACCAGCAUUAUUAACUUACUGCAGACUCUGUGUCUGUCCGUUGGUGUCCACACUGAUGUCAUGCAGAGCGAGGCCACCAAGACUUUGUGUGGACUGCUGAGAAUGUUAGUGGAAAGUGGAACAACAGAUAAGCUAUCUCCUCCAGACAGACUGGUGUGCAGGGAGCAGCACCGGAGCUGGUGUACACUGGGCUUCGUCCGGAGCAUCGCACUCACCCCGCAGGCCUGCGGGGCCCUCAGCUCCCCAAGGUGGAUCACGCUGCUCAUGAAGAUUGUGGAGGGGCAUGCGCCCUUCACUGCCGCCUCCCUGCAGAGGCAGAUCUUAGCUGUCCAUUUACUACAAGCAGUUCUUCCGUCAUGGGACAAGACGGAAAGGGCACGGGACAUGAAGUGUCUGGUGGAAAAGCUGUUUGGCUUCCUGGGCAGCUUGCUCACUACUUGUUCUUCUGAUGUCCCAUUCCUUAGAGAAUCCACAUUGAGGAAGCGGAGGGCACGACCGCAGGCUUCCUUGACUGCCACUCACAGCAGCACUCUGGCUGAGGAGGUGGUGGGGCUGCUCCGCACUCUGCACUCGCUCACCCAGUGGACCGGCCUCAUCAACAAAUACAUUAACUCCCAGCUCUGCUCCGUCACACACAGCUGCUCUGGGAAGACUCCAGAAAGGGCCCUGCUGGAGGACUACUUCCCAGACUCUGAGAACCUGGAAGUGGGGGGCCUCAGGGCAGUGCUGGCUGUGAUUGGAGGGAUCGAUGGCCGACUGCGCCUGGGAAGCCAGGUCAUGCAUGAUGAGUUUGGAGAGGGCACAGUGACUCGCAUCACCCCGAAGGGCAGAAUCACUGUGCAGUUCUGUGACAUGCGCAUGUGCCGAGUUUGCCCGUUGAAUCAGCUCAAACCGACAGGGUUUCUUCAUCAGCAACUCUUUGAAGGAUUUUGUGCCCUUUCUUCAGCUCCCUGCUGUGGCCUUUAGCCUAAACAACCUGCCUUUCACGGAGCCUAUGCUUUCUGUCUGGGCUGAGUUGGUGAACCUUGCUGGAAGCAAAUUGGAAAAGCACAAAACAAAGAAAUCAGCAAAACAGGCCUU